UGGCUUGGACAGCGUGUCAUGUUACCAGGUGGUGUCUCUGAUGCGAUCUCUGGCACUAGGAGGACGUACAAUCAUCUGUACCAUUCACCAACCAAGUGCCAAACUGUUUGAGAUGUUUGACAAGCUUUACAUCCUCAGUCAAGGUCGGUGCAUCUACAAAGGCUCAGUACCGUACCUCAUUCCCUACCUGAAGACUCUCGGCCUCCACUGUCCCACCUACCAUAACCCUGCAGACUUCAUCAUUGAGGUGGCAUCAGGAGAGCAUGGGGACUUGAACCCAGUGCUGUUUGAGGCAGUCCAGGGUGGAAUGUUUGCAUUGGAGGAGAAGAAGAACCACUGUGACAACGGCACAGUAGUUUGUCCAGAUAAGUAUCCACUGAAAUCUCAGCACAUAGAGAGCCAUUCUUUUGCCACAAGCACACUCACACAGUUCUGCAUUCUCUUCAAGAGAACCUUCAUAACCAUAUGUCGAGAUCAGGUUUUGACCCACCUUAGAUUGAUGUCCCACAUCUCUAUCGGCGUUAUAAUAGGCUUGCUCUAUUUGAACAUUGGGAAUGAUGCAAGCAGGGUGUUCAACAACACUGGAUUUCUCUUCUUUUCUAUGCUCUUUCUCAUGUUUGGAGCACUCAUGCCAACUGUGCUGACAUUUCCUCUGGAGAUGUCGGUGUUCCUGAGGGAGCAUCUGAACUACUGGUAUAGCCUGAAGGCCUACUACCUGGCCAAAACUAUGGCUGACAUCCCAUUUCAGGUGAUUUGUCCCAUAAUGUACUGCAGCAUUGUGUACUGGAUGACAGAGCAGCCGCCUGAAGCCCCUCGGUACCUGCUCUUCAUCGCCCUGUCCAUCUGCACCGCCCUGGUGGCCCAGUCCCUGGGCCUACUGGUUGGUGCUGCCUCCACGUCCCUCCAGGUCGCUACAUUUAUAGGACCUGUCACAGCUAUCCCUGUGCUGCUAUUCUCUGGAUUCUUUGUGAACUUUGACACGAUCCCCAACUAUCUGCAGUGGAGCUCAUAUGUAUCUUAUGUCAGGUGUGUUUACGAUUAUGUAGAAUCUCAGUAGAACAAUUCAUCACCUGAUGCUUUAUUUCAAUAAAGUUUGUUUAUAUUGCGCCAAUUCACAACAAGAGUUGUCAAGUGGUCAGUAAGUCCUUCAGCAGUCUGUGAGGGAUUUAUCUCCUCACUAAUAGUUAUGUCUCUUGUUUCUGUUUAAUCCUGUAUUUCUGUGUGUGUUUUAGGUCAAAUAAGCUUGGUAAUCUAUAAAUUACUUUAAGUUAAGUUGAUUUAUUGGUGAUCAUCACUCCUUUCCUUCUGAGGUCAUUUAAGUGUUGCCAUGGAAGCGCGCCCAUAGGCAGCCAUGAUCAGUUCCUGAUGUGCUUAAUCAGCUCCACUGAGGAAGAAACUAACUGACUGAAGAGAGAGGGGGGAGAGGAGGUUAUCUUGUGUUUGUUUAAGUGUAGUUGUUGUUGUUUUUGUUCUUUUGAGUUAAGGUAGGAGGUAAAUAUGUAAAUAGAUUGUUUGAAAUAUUUGUUGAGAUGUGCUUUAUUGAUUGUAGGAUUUCAAGCUAAUUGUUUCCCCUGCCCAUGUCAUAAUGGUUGGUUCUAAGUUAGCUUUAAAAUGGUGGAUUCGGCACUGUUGUUGGUUGGUUGAUUGCUUGUUAAGGGGAAUCCAUGCCCCAAUGUCAUGGAUUGUUUGUGUUCAGAAAAAAAGGAUAAAAAGUCAGAGCUCUGCAACAUCCUGGACUCUUGCUUUUUCUUCUGUUGACAAACAUCUGGUAACAUCCUGAGGCAGAGGCUCUGUCUGGGCCAAAACCGUACAGUUGGUGGCAGAGGUGGGAUGUGGCGCUGACAUCAAGAGCUGUCCAGUAGGAGUAAUCAUGGGUCCAAAGCAGCAGUCAAAGAGCAGCAAGGCUGUUGAGGCGGAAGUGGUGGAGGAGAUGGAGCAGGAAAUGGCUACGGGGCGGCCGGCCGUAGCUACGCGCACCGGAGAGGA